AUGCCUUCGAUUGAUGUGGAUAUUUGCUUAUUUGAUCUUGACGGGACAAUUGUCUCUACAACCGUGGCAGCAGAGAGCGCCUGGACUGUAUUAUGUAAGGAACAUGGGGUAGACCCACAGGAGCUGUUCAAGCAUUCUCACGGAGCAAGAUCCUCUGAAAUAUUUGCAAAGUUCUUCCCAAAUCUCGAUAAUACCGAUAAUAAGGGUGUGAAGAAGCUCGAGCUUUCGAUGGCAAGAGACUUUCUUGAUUCGGUUGGAUUAAUUCCUGGCUCAUCUGAGCUGUUGCUCUCCCUGGACAAAUCUACUGAUGAAACUUCUGGAUUGAACUUUCCGGAACGCAAAUGGGCGAUUGUCACCUCUGGGUCUCCUUAUCUGGCAUUUUCCUGGUUUGACACCAUUUUGAAGCAUGUUGGAAAACCUAAAGUUUUUAUAACAGGUUUCGAUGUUGUCAAGGGUAAACCUGACCCAGAGGGAUAUGCAAAAGCUCGAGAUGAGUUGUGUGAAUUGUGGUCUUUGAACCCACGACAAGCACGCGUUGUUGUCUUCGAAGAUGCACCUGUUGGUAUCAAGGCGGGUAAGAAAAUCGGUGCUACGACAAUCGGUAUCACAUCAACCUACCCGAAAGAGGUGCUGUUUGAAGCAGGUGCAGAUUAUGUCGUGUCUGAUUUGACGCAUGUCCGUGUAACGGAGAACACGUAUAAAGGUGUUACAUUAGAGAUCACAGGAUCUUUAGCGUUGUAG